AGAAGGUCCACCUGGUUGCAAUGAGUGACACAAUGGACGACCAAUUAGCAGUGGGCUCUCAGGAGGAGGAGGAGCCAGCCAUUAACCUUCCAUCCACACCUCAGCAACAGCACACUGACCCCGCCUCCCCAACGGUUGCCACGACACCCGAGCCACCUCCCGCCACCUGCGGUGAGAAAGUUCUGACGGGAAUCGCGCCGAUUCACCAUGAGUACGAGGAUGGCCUUGGAUAUGGCAUUGGAGAGCUGGUGUGGGGGAAGCUGCGGGGUUUCUCCUGGUGGCCUGGACGCAUCGUGUCCUGCUGGAUAACGAGCCGCGGUCCAGCGGCUGAAGGCUCACGCUGGGUCAUGUGGUUUGGGGACGGAAAACUGUCUAUGGUGUGUGUGGAAAAGCUGCUCCCCUUGAGUGCGUUUUCCAGAAUCUUUCAUCAAACCACCUACAACAAACAGCCCAUCUACAGAAAAGCCAUCUUUCAAGUUUUACUGACAGGGGGUUUGCGUGCAGGUAAACCAUUCCCUCACUGUGAGUACAUGAACUAUACCCCUGAGGGAAAGAUGGAGGAGAAUGAGACACAGGCGCAGCAGAUGAUUGAGUGGGCCAGCACUGGGUUUCUGCCCUCUGGGCCAAAAGGCCUGGAGCCACCACCAGCGGAGCGGAAUCCAUACACUGAGGUUUAUCCAGAGAUGUGGGAGCCUGAAGCUGCUUCAUACACGGCUCCACCCCCUGCCAAGAAACCCCGGAAGAACAGUGUCGAGAAGACCAAAAUCAAGGAGAUCAUUGAUGAAGGAACCCGAGAGAGACUCAUGUUAGAGGUCAAACAGAAGUGUCGCAAUAUGGAAGAUAUCUGUAUUUCCUGUGGAAGUCUGAACGUUGCACUUGAGCACCCUCUGUUUGUCGGUGCAAUGUGCCAGAGCUGCAAGAACAGCUUUCUGGAGUGUGCAUAUCAGUAUGAUGAGGACGGCUAUCAGUCUUUCUGCACCAUCUGCUGUGGAGGAAGAGAAGUGCUCAUGUGCGGAAACAACAACUGCUGCAGGUGUUUCUGUGUGGAGUGUGUGGACCUGCUGGUGGGCACUGGUUGUGCUCAGGCCGCUAUUAGUGUAGACCCCUGGAACUGCUAUAUGUGCUGCAGCCGGAACGUCUUCGGCCUCCUGAGACGCAGAGAUGACUGGACCUCACGACUGCAGCUCUUCUUCGCCAACAACCACGACCAGGACUUUGAGCCGCCGACUUUGUAUUCGCCAGUAGCCCCUGAGAAAAGGCAGCCAAUCAGAGUGCUGUCUUUAUUUGAUGGCAUUGCUACAGGGCUGCUGGUGCUGAAGGAUCUGGGCAUUCAGGUGGAUCGUUAUGUGGCGUCGGAGGUCUGUGAAGACUCCAUCACUGUCGGGAUGGUGCGACACUUUGAGCGGAUCACGUAUAUUGGAGACAUCAGGAACAUCACACGCAAACAUAUUCAGGAGUGGGGGCCGUUUGAUCUUGUGAUAGGUGGAAGUCCCUGUAAUGAUCUGUCCAUCGUCAAUCCUGCCAGGAAAGGCCUGUUUGAGGGAACCGGGCGCCUGUUCUUUGAGUUUUACCGGCUGCUUCACGAAGCGCGGCCUAAAGAAGGAGACGACCGGCCGUUUUUCUGGCUGUUUGAAAACGUGGUUGCGAUGGGGGUCAGCGACAAGAAAGACAUCUCACGCUUUCUGGAGUGUAAUCCAGUCAUGAUCGAUGCUAAGGAGGUGUCAGCCGCACACAGAGCCCGAUACUUCUGGGGGAACCUUCCUGGCAUGAACCGGCCACUAACUGCUAUGAUGAAUGAUAAACUCGACCUGCAAGACUGUCUGGAACAUGGACGCACAGCUAAGUUCAAUAAAGUGCGAACCAUCACAACUCGCUCAAACUCCAUAAAGCAGGGCAAAGACCAGCACUACCCGGUGUACAUGAACAAUAAAGAGGAUAUCCUGUGGUGCACAGAGAUGGAGAGAGUUUUCGGCUUCCCCGUCCAUUACACUGACGUGUCCAACAUGAGUCGUCUGGCCAGACAGAGGCUGCUGGGAAGAUCAUGGAGCGUCCCUGUGAUAAGGCACCUCUUUGCUCCACUGAAGGAAUACUUUGCCUGUUAACGAAGCCCCGCCCACCAGUGCACGAUGACAUCAUCAAGUCCAACCUUCCUGUGUUCUUCAUUGUUGCUUGUGGCCUCUGAACGGGUGGUGCUAUCUUAAUAUUACCAUUCAACCCCGAGACACUUCACAUAUUUAUUUGAAAACACACUUGUGUUGCUUUACCAUCUGCCAAAUAGUUUUCCAAUAUUUCCCAAAUGAUGUUUAACAGAGCAAGGAAAUUUUCACAGUAUUUCCUAUAAUAUUUUUUCUUCUAGAGAAAGUGUUCUUUGUUUUAUUUCGGCUAGAAUAAAAGCAGUUUUUAACUCCUUUAAAACCAUUUUAAGGUCAAUAUUAUUAGCCCCUUAAGCAAUAUUAAUUUUUGAUUGUCUACAGAACAAACCAUCGUUAUACAAUGAUUUGUCAAGCUUUUAAAUGUCACUUUCAGCUGAAUACUAGUAUCUUGAAAAACAUCUAGUCAAAUAUUCUGUGCUGUCAUCAUAGCAAAGAUAAAAUAAAUCAGUUAUUAGAAAUAAGUUAUUAAAACUAUUAUGUUUAAAGGUGUGUUUAAAAUCUUCUCUCUGUUAAGCAGCUCUUGGGGACGAAAAAUGCCUUUAAUUUCAGUUCAUUACACUCGACAUAAUGACAUGUGAUUAAUUAAGCAUUAGUUCCCAUCAUUUCUCCAAUUACUUUAAGUGAAAUCAAGUAAAAUUCGAUUUAUUAGGUGAAAGUGUCAGAUUAACAUGCUGUUGUACACUAGCCUGCUUAGAAAAUGUAUCUGUAACAUCCACACAAACAUCAUUUCCACACACACACACACGUUUCCUGUGAGAGAGAAGAGGUGCUGGAAAAGCCAACAAUACACUGUUUACAGUUGAUAUACACUCGUCAUACGGUACAGCUAUACAACAAUAACUGUUCACACACAACUCUACUAUGGUGCUCUUAUCUCUCCUUGUCUUUCAGUCUCUCAGCAAUACAAAUUCUCACAGUCUUGUAUGAUGCCUUUCUGAUGGAGCCUAAAUAGGGAACAAACAGUGAGAAACACAUACACAAGCUCAUGCUGAGAGAUGUGUUACACACUCACACACCUCGAAAGGACAGUUCAUCCAAAAUUUAACAUGCUGAAUUUUUGUGCAGCACAAAACAAGAUCUCUCGAAAAAUGGUGGAGCCGAACCAUUUUGGCUCCCAUUGACUUCCAUAGUAUUGUUUUGGUCUCUAUACUAUGGAAGUCAAUAAGUGUGGGUACGUGUACAUGGACAUAAGAAAUUUAAUUAUUAAUUAAUCUAAUCAAAAUUAACAUUCUUAUUAACUGCAUGUCUUCUGUGCAGAAUCUCUUGAAGAAUGUUGGUGCUGAACCAUUUUGGCUCCCAUUGACUUCUAUAGUAUUUUUUUGGUUUCCUUACUAUUGAAGUCAGUGGAACUGGGUGCGUUUACAUGGACAUCAGUAAUUUAAUUAUUGAUCUUAUUCUGAAAAGACAAUAUUAAAGGGAUAGUUCACCCCAAUAUAUAUUUUGUGGGGAGAACUGUUGCUUUAAGAUGCAUGAUUUGCUUUUGGUAUGUUUAUUUUCUGUUCCCGUUUUUGUUUAAGUCAUAGUACACAAGUUCGGUUUUCGUUCUAACGUGAAGCGAUUCUCCUCAAAGUUGGCGAAAAAAAAAAAAAUGUAUUCCCAACCGCAAAUCGUGUGCUUUCAUCAAGAUGUUAGAGCAGUUAACUGUGGUAUUGGUAACCUAGCAACCAACAGUUAACAAGACAAAAAGUGCGUUCGACAUGAAGCACAGCUGCAGCCGGUGAUCAACGAGAUUAGCCGAGCGCAGGCGGGGGCGGAGUUGAAAACUGAGCAGUCAAGCCGGACACUUUGGGGCUCAAAGUUGCGGCAGUCAUGAUGACCGAUCACAUGGCUUCAUCAUUGUUUUUUUUACAGUCUCUACAAGCUAUAGUUCAUUUUUAAACAAUAAGGAAUUAAAUAUAUUACAAACGCAUGAGAGAAAUAAGGGGAAACCAGAGGGUAAUAUAAACAAAAACGAACAGGCCUAUUAAAUACAAAGCAAUAAGCACACAUUCUGGGAGUUUCAACUUCACUCUAGGCUAAUACUUCUUGUUUGAAUAUGCUAAAAAGGGGUUUACACUUAUUUUCAUUUAUAGAUAUAAAAUUUUCCAAUAUAUAUUAAUGUAAAACCGAAAACAAGGUGUUUUGAUUAAGUCUUAAACAGUGAUUAAGAUUAUUUUGGAUAAUGAAAGCAUUUUCAGAAAAGCACUUGAAUCCAAAAAGACUGAACAAAGUGACAUUCCUAAAAUAAGUGAGCUACACUUUAAGUGGACGUUUCCCAGAAAGACUAGGUAUAAACGGCUAGUCAGGAAAUAAAAUAUAUAUAUUUUGGAAUACUAAAAAUCAUUUUCUAAUUAUUUAAUAGGAUCAAUGAUGAUAAUUAUUUUAUUACAAGUCUGUAAGACAUAUUUGAGUUAAUAUUUGGUUAUUUACUAAAAUAUAUCAUUUAAAUCGUUCAUGGAGCUGAAUGCAGUAAAUAGUAUAGAAAAGGUUGAAAAAAACCUGUGCAAACAAUCUUUUAUAACCAGAUUAUUUAACAUGAUUUCUGCAGUAAAAUAUUUGUAAUCUUUUAAUAAGCAUGAUGUGUACACGAUUGAGAUGGUAUGAAAAGUUAAUUGUUUGUUUUGAAAUUUGUGAGACAGAAGUUGUCCAACAAUAAACCCGAAACACACGUGGUUGUUGUCAUGCGGUGAACUCGGCCAAUUGUGUAAUAUCAGUGUCGUCAUCAGAGCUCGUGCAGUCGCUCUUCAGAUGCUGCACGGUCUGAAUCAGUCGUCUGAUCUCGGAGCACUGUCACGGUAUUUUGAUGCCACAUGUGACAGUCACAUGGCGUCAGUGCAGCAUCAAUCCGGACAAGAUUUCUAACCAGCAUGCACCACUUUAAGACAGAUUCCGAUCGAUCUGUGCAGCGCUGCAUGAAGUCGAACGCACCUUAUCAUAAUGAAGUCAUGUGGUCAGGGGCGCCGCCAGCAGGAGGGGGGCUGAAUUUGGGAUGAUUCUAGAGGCCCAUGCCAUUUUGAGGCCCUCAAAGAUACUAUGAGGGGCCCCAACGUCUGCAACAACAUCCACUCCUCCCCCCCGUGCUUCUCAGUUUUGCUCCUCCCCCUGCGCGGUUCACUUUCGUCCGCGACAACAUUCACUCCUUCCCUCGCGCUCUUCAAUUUUAUCUCCAACAACCUCCCCCUGCGCUGUUCACUAUUUCCCACAAAAUGUUUUCAUAGGGCCCAUAUGUCAGACUUUAUUCUGCAAUUGCGUUAACUCUUUUUCAUACAACUCUAUUUUGGGAAUUGAUAGCUUUGUAUAUUUGAUAUUUGGUUUCUUAUGCGACACCAGCCAUUGUUUACAAUGGAAUUUAUUGUAUUAACAAACAAUUUGUGUUCUUAAUGUACCAUAUACAGUUAAUUUUUAAUUAUACGAAAGCUUCAAGUGCAGAUAUUUAUUUGCCAUGCUAUACGUGCAAACAGAAAACACCAUUCUUGUUCAAAGCCAUUAAACACUGCUAUAUGUGAAUCAAUGGCAAUAGUGUGAUUAAAGUCCGCGUGAACUUUCACUAUGUUGAUGUACUUCCAACUGAAACGGAAUAUUGAGUAGGGGGUGGGGCUUUAUUUUUGUGCAUCAUUACCUCAUAGCAAACUAACAGUAAGAGUGGUUAAAAGGGGAGGGGCGUUGUGUCAGAAGCCAUCGAACUGACUUCAUCAGAAAUGGACCGCCACUCCAAACACAGAAGCAAAUGUUCAGACUUUAAGAUCACCAAAACAAACGUUUUUUAGUGGAUUGAUUGCACUGAUUAGUUGUUCAACUAAAGUAUAGCCAGAGGCAUAGUAAGUUGGGGCAAAAGAGUGACCGAUUUUAUAGGGCCCUGGCAAUUCAGGGGCCCUGCGACAGGUUGCAGGGGUGACCAAAGAUAACCCCGCCACCCCCUACUCCCCAGUAUCCUACUACCACAGACAAAUCCUCGCCCCCCAUCCCCCUCUAUUUAAUUACGAGAUCGUUAAUGCGUCUUUCCCCAGAAAACUGUUGUCCAUUUAAACGUAUUGACUUGUGACAGACGUGACAUUUUUGGCUGAACUGGUCUUUUGUGAGAGUUGUUCAAUUACUUUAUGGUUUGUUGUCGUCUGAUGCAAUAUAUCUGCCAGCAGAAACACACACAGACCUUCCGAAUGCAGGAACAGCUGGAAUCAUUUGCAUCUGAUUCUGCUGUUUUUACUCGACACCACUGUAUUUUGUGUUUGUGUGUGUGUUUUCGGUCAGGUAUCAGGGAUGUUGUGUUGUUUUUAGCCCCUGCAUGUGUUUUACUGUCCGUGCAGGAAACUCUCCAUGGUGCAGCUUCAUGGUGCUCCAUAAUUUCUCUCUCACUUUCUGACUUUCGUUUUGCUUUAGGUUCAGCUAAGCUAUGUUCACACCACAACAUCUGAUGGCAAGGUAAAACUCACACUUCCCCUUUAGAGAACUUCGACGCUGCAUUAAAUAUCGAUGCUAUGGGUACACUUUUAAUUUGAGGAAGUCCAGAAGCGUGUGUAAUAUCACUACAAUGUAACUGGAUGAUUGUCACAUUUCAUCAGGACGCAUCGAUCUGAGAGAUGAUCUGAGAUAACUACUUCAGGCUUCAGAUCUCGCUCUUUGUGACACCAAGGAAAUGCAGCUAUGUUGAUUAUGGAGAAACAGAGGAUAGAAAACUCUUCCUUGAUGCUCCAAUUUUGCCAAAGGGUCUGUUCGGCAACUUUCCCCCGCAAUUAAAGGCCUCUGGGGCUGCCAGGUGGAAGCAGCUACAUCCGUCUACUAGCUCCUCGAACCAGCAUAGAGCGGAGCACAAGGAGAGCAAGGCAAUGCUCUCAGCCAUGGUCUUCUAUGGUGGUUUGAGGACCGUUAUAGUCACAAAAAGGACCUCGAAGAGGCCCUGAUGCCAGUUGCGUCAGGCCUGUGAGAGCAGUCCCUUCUGGCAGUGUCAACUACAGUGUGUAACACUUGCCUCUCCCCAGUGGCCUCCGUGGUCCAUUCCACUAAUCCUGCCACGUUCAGUGCUUCAGGGCACAGCAGCCCUCGGCAAUCCCUCUCCAAGUGUUGGCGGUCCACUGGAGGUUUUGCCCCCUCUCGGUCCAAGCACAGUUAAUUCUGCAGUAUCCUGCUGGUCAUCCACUUCAGGUCCUGAAUUAGCUACUCUGGAAAAUCCAGAGGCUAGUUUUGAGAGACUGGUUCCCUUAGAAAAUUUUCUGGCAGCUUGGAAGUGUCUGCAGAACAUCUCACAGUGGGUCCUGCUCAAAAUAGAGAGACGAUACAGAAUUUGGUUAAAAUCUUGUCCACCUCAUUUCAACGGCAUACUGCAUACUGUAGUGAAACCUGAGCAGGCUCUUGUAUUGGAACAAGAAGCAUUUUUCUGUUGGCAAUUUCCUCCCUCAAAAGAGUGGGAGACCUACAGACCCUAUAUGUGGCCCCCUUGAAACUUUGCCCCUGGAAUGGUCAGGGCACCGUACGUACCUAAGGUUCCCACUAUUGUGGCUUUACCUGUAGUGCUGCAGGCCUUUAAUCCACCUCCGAAAGGCUUAAUUUACUUUGCCCUGUUAGGACUUUGGACACCUAAGUCCACAAAGAUGCCCAGUCAUGUAGGAUAGAAGAAGUUUGUUUUAGUUGGAAACCCUUAUCGUGGUUCCCUGGUUUCGUACAUCUGAGUCAGAUGUAUGCAACUCAGCGGGGUGGUCUACCCUUCAUAUCUUCAUCCGGUUUUACCAAUGGGAUGUAGAUCCCUCCCUAUGGUCAGACUUUUAGUGCCUUGAAGCGGACGUCACCCGUUGCGUUCCCAUAGCGUCGUUAUGUAAAGCAGCAUCAAACUUCCCUGAAGGGGAACGUCCCAGGUUACAACUGUAACCAUGCUUCCCUGAGAGGAACGAGAUGCAGCUUUUCUUUGCCAUACUCCCUACAUGCCUGGCUUGCUUGUUUCGACAAAGUUGAAGCUGAAGCUGUCACAGGUCAUUUACAUUGGAGUGAUUUUCACAUGUGCUUCAGGACUUUCUCGAAUCGAUAGUGUAUAUAUAGCAUUGAUAUUUGAUGGAGAGUCUUGUUCCCCUCAGGGAACCAAGGUUACUGUCAUUUUUUGCAAUGUGACUUGAUUUGAUUUAAACGUGCUGUAUGUAGGAUUGAUAUUGGUUGAACUAGGUAUUGCGGUCCAAAUUCAAAACAUUGUAGAGGGUUUUUUUAUCCGGUCCCAAUUCACUAGGAAACCCAAAGUGCUGAAAUGUAAUUGGUAAACUGGCAGUGGGCUGGUUAAUAGAGACCAAAACAAAGACAGACAUUCUGACACAGAAUGCACAUUUUCUUAGGAGAAUAUCUGAUUUUGCAUUGUUUUUCGAAGUAUGUUCACUUAAUAUAAAAAUAUUAUGGUAAUUUAAUGAUUUAGAAGAAAAUCAUAUAAACAGCGCCUUUAAUGCAAUUACUAAACAUCCAUUGCACCAUUCAAACAUUCAAAGACUGAAGAAAAAUAUUUAUAAGUUUAAUAAGCAAGGCUGCAUUAACAACAAAUCGUUUCAGCCAUAAACCUUCGAACAGAAAUAACAAUUGAUAUAAUUUAAAAGUAAUAAUUUUACCAUAAGAAGAAAAGCUUAAUAAAGUAAAUCAGCAUGUUUAAACUAAUCAAAUCGUUUUAUUUCCUAAUUUUUUUAAGUCUACAACCACAUUGAAAACCUGGGAAUUAAAAAAUAUGCAUUUCCUUAAAUUAAUGUGACAAAUUUAGAAAUGUCAAGUUUAAUUGACUAUUAUCAUGUGGUGUAAACACAGCUUUUCUCUUGUCCUGAACUGUGCACAGAUCAGCCUGCGUGCUAAUCUAAAGGCUGACUAGCAUUGUGCUUCUACUGACUUUUGAUAGUCUAACAUAUUGUGUGCUCCUUUGCUCGGGAUUCUGGGAAAGUGGCCCAUCAGUGUGAUAUCCUAAAAGCUGGUCACGUGGUGCUCCCAGAAUCCAGAGUCUUCUUGUGGUGCAUUCAGAGAGUUCACACUUGGUUCAUGUGCAAACUGGAUUACUAUACAAAUACACGUGCUGUUUUAUAACCCUGUUUCACAUCUCAAGUAAACAGGACUCUGGUGCUCACAGAGAUGUGCUUUGAAAAAUCAUGGAUUUUUGUACUAAUUUGCUUAACCCUCGCCGAAGGGUAGUGUUUCUACAGAUCACAUUACAAUUGGGGGGUUUCUCUCUAAGGAAACUAGCACAUUGGAUGACUUCUUAUUUAAGGGUUGCUCAUUUCUGCUAACUUCUUGACUUGGCUGGUCAACCACCUCAUUAUGUGAACCGUAGUUUUAUUUACAGCUUCCAAUCUGAAUGGUUUUUAUCAAGGUUGAUGUUGAUAUAUACUAAUGCGGCCGUAGGUUAUUAUAGCAAACCUCUGCUUUAGCUCAUGCUCACAAACAAACCUUAAAGGAAAACAUCCUGCCGAUUCAAUGUUGAACAGAUUUAAAUAUUGCUUUGAUAAUUUAAGAACUUUAUUGAAAACUUUAGGUUUCUAUUGAGUGUAGACCGAUAGCGAGAUUCAAUAAUAUCCUGAAAAUGAACAUGCACAAUAUUGAUAUCGUGGGCGCUUCAGUAUACCGUGAAUAGUUAUUUAAAAAAUGUAUGAAACCUCUGCUUUAGCUCGUGCUCAGAAACAAACCUUAAAGGAAAAUAUCCUGCAUUUCAAUGUUUAGCAGAUUUCAAUAUCAGUUUGAUGAUUUGAGAAACCUUUCAAAACUUCUGGUUUCUGUUGAGUGCACAAUGUUAACAAUUCCCUGUAGAAUCUACAGUAACUUACUGUAAUUCAAUUACAGCAAGAAUGCUGUUUACAUUUACAGCACAAUUUAUCUUGUUGUAUAUGUAUUUACAGUUUUACUGUGAAAUAUACAGUAGUUUCCAAAUGCAACUUAAAUACAGUAGCAUACUGCAUAACUGUCCUACAGCAAAAUACAACUCAUAUCACAGUUAAAUACUGUGUAAUUUACAAAAAUCAUUAACAGUGUAGACCGAUAGCGAUAUUCAAUAAUAUCCUGACAAUGAACAUGCACAGUAUUGAUAUUGUGGGUGCUUUAGUAUACCAUCAAUAAUUAUUUAUUAUUUAAAAAAUGUAUGAAACCCGUGCUUUAGUUCGUGUUCAGAAACAAACCUUAAAGGAAAACAUCCUGCAUUACGAUGUUUAGCAGAUUUGAAUAUCAGUUUGAUGAUUUGGGAAAACAUUAUUCAAAACUUUUGUUUUCUACUGAGUCUACACUAUUAAGAAUUUCUUGCAGAAUCUACAGUAACUUACUGUAAUUCAAUUACAGCAAGAAUACUGUGUUUACAUUUACAGCACCAUUUGUCUUGCUGUAUAUGUAUUUACAGUACUGUAUAUCUUUACUGUAAAAUAUACAGUAGUUUUCACAAUGCAACUUUAAAAUACAGUAACAUACCGUAUAACUGUAAAAUCCAGUUCAAAUUACUGUGAAAUACUGUAAAAUGCAAUUUACAAACAUCAUUAACCCUGUAGACCAGGGCUGCUCAACCCUUUUCCUGGGGAUCUGCAGAGUUCAGCUCCAACCCUGAUCAAACACACCUGAGCCAAUUAAUUAGAACUUAAACAGCACUUUAUAAUUACUGGCAGGUGUGUUUGGUCAGGGUUGCAACUGAAAUCUGCAGGAAGGUAGAUCUCCAGGAACAGGGUUGGUCGACCCUGGUGUAGACCUAUGGCGAUAUUCAAUAACAUCCUGAUAAUGAACAUGCACAAUCUUGAUAUCGUGGGCACUUCAAUAUACCGUGAAUAAUUAUUUAUUAUUUAUAAUGUUGGUGUCUUUAAAGAAUAUUCAGAUUGCUAUUGUAACAGACGCCAGCCAGCGAAGUGCUAUACAAGUAAACCUCACUCCUCUGACCUCUAAAUGUGCUCUAGCGACAGACGCUAAAGGCCAUGGUCUUUAGCCUCCUUGUUAGAGAAACCGACUCCCAUACUAAGAAUCGCCGGUUCGAUCCCAGCUCAGACCGGGUUGGGUGAAGUAGGAUCGGUGCGUUACACGUGGGGGCUUAUCCGGGAUGGGAGUGAGGGGGACUGUAACAGAGGUCAAUUUGAAGGGACAGGCAACAAAA